AUGCUUGUCAAGCCGGCCCUUCUGCUUGCCGCAUUUGGUAUUCCCAAUGCUUUGGGCGCUCACCCCAGUCGAGCAGAGAAAGCAAAAUAUGUUGAUUGGAAGUCUUUCAAAGCAUAUGGCGUUAACCUCGGGGGCUGGCUUGUUCAAGAGUCGAACAUUGACACCCUCUGGUGGGAUAAAUAUUCUGGACGUGCUGAAAACGAAUGGGGUCUACGCGAAUACCUCGGCUCCCAGUUGCUAGAGCAGCGCUACGCAAGCUGGAUUACUACUUCCGAUAUAGACAAGGCCGCAAAGUCAGGAAUCACUCUCUUACGUAUUCCGACGACCUACGCAGCUUGGAUCAAGUUUCCCGGCUCGAAACUAUAUUCCGGCAACCAAGCUGCGUAUCUGAAGAAAAUCGCGACAUAUGCAAUCGCGCGCUAUGGCAUGCGUAUCAUCUUAGACGUUCACGGUCUACCCGGUGGUAUUAAUGGCCUGACAAUUGGCGAGGCUGCGGGUCACUGGGGCUGGUUCAACAAUCAGACCAACUUCGACUACUCGAUGCAAGUCAUGGAUACUGUUAUCGACUUUAUCCAGAGCUCUGGCCAUCCGGAGUCUUACACCCUCGAACCCAUGAAGGAGCCGGCUGACAACCACGAUCUCUCCGUCUUCGGAACCUCCGCUGCCCUCUCCGAUAUAGGAGCCGCUUGGGUCUUGAAGUAUAUCCACGCUGUGCUUGACCGUGUCACUGCGGUGAAUCCUAAAAUUCCCGUGAUGUUCCAAGGAAGUUUUAAGGGCGAGAAAUACUGGUCUGGCAACUUCUCCAGCAGCGAUAAUCUGGUUUUUGACGUCCACAAUUAUUACUUUGCGGCCCGCAACACCACGUCUUCGAAUAUACCGUCUUAUAUCUGUACAGAUGCCAAGGUGAACCCGGGCGAUAGAAAGUUUCCUGUAUUUCUUGGUGAAUGGUCUAUUCAGGCCCCGUACAACAAUACCUUCGCUUCACGUGAGCGCAACCUGAAUUAUGGGCUAGAUACAUUCCAUCGAUACUCACAUGGCUUCUCAUAUUGGACUUGGAAGUUUUCUGGAAACGCCACCAUAGAUGGACAAGGCACACAAGCUGACUACUGA